GGAAUGGAAAUCAAUUUCAAUCGGUCCUCUAGCAGGACCAUAUUACCACUUUUUUGCGGUUGGAAGCAUAAAUUGAGGCUAUUUUUCUGUACAAGGACAACAGACUUCCAGAGUCAGUACAUUAGAAGUCUCGAGGAAGCGAUAAAAUUAGAUAAUGGGAUUUUUCUUUUACUGUAUGGUUGUGCGAUGUUCAGAUUUCAAUUAUCGCUGGACCAGAUGCGAAUGGUGGCCGAUGAAGGGGUCCGUCUGGCGAAUCUUUGCAGUACCAGGAUGGGUCGAGCACAGCAGAUGUGUAAAGAGCGAGCAGACGCCGUGAUGGCUAUAGAUUCGUUCCUGAGAAACACCGCUGAUAUGGAUCGAAAGAUCAAAGAUCUCAAUAAACAGGUUGACAAACUUGUGCGAUUCUGUAACCAAACGGAGCAAGCAAUGACACAUUUGGAAGCCUUGGCGACGGUGGUUAGAACGGAAGAAGAGGCGAGUUUGAAUUUCCUUCUUUAA